UCUCGUAUUUCCUUUUCAAAAUGGCACCCCCCAUUCCUCAUUUGGCAGUCAGAGGAUCAGAUGGCUCUUCGCUGUUGUGUGGACCUCCAAGUUGUCAGGAAAGCUCUGAAUUUAAGAGAGAUGAGCUGCCAGGGAAACACAUGGUGUUCAGCAGCGACGGCUCUCUGUUUGGGUGGUGCAAUGGGACACAGGUCAGUGUGGUCAAAGUUCCGUCUGGUGAAUUGGUGAAGUCUUUCGAUCUACCCAAAGCAACCGCGCUGCAAUUCUCACCUCUGAAUACCAUUUUGGCCACCUGGCAGCAAUAUACCAAAGCGCAGGAUAAUCCUCAGGAAGAUGCAAACCUGCAGCUCUGGAACCUGCAGACAGGAUCGCUUGUCAAAGCAUUCUAUCAGAAGAAGAUUACGGGAUGGUGUCCAAGCUGGGCAGAUGAUGAAAACAUUGCUGUUAGAAAUGUCAAUAAUGAACUUCACUUCUUUGAGAACAACAAAUUUGAAACGAUUGCUAACAAACUUCACCUUCAAAAAGUGUCAGAGUUUGUGUUGUCCUCUGGGCCUCAGCCAAACAAGAUUGCCGCCUAUGUUCCUGGAAACAAAGGUUGUCCCUCUUUUGUGCGACUCUAUCAGUAUCCCAAUUUCGGUGGUCCGACUGCUGCACUGGCCAACAAAAGCUUUUUCAAAGCUGAUAAAGUGACCAUGCUGUGGAACACAAAAGCCACUGCGGUUCUGGUGACCGCCAGCACAGAUGUCGAUAAAACAGGAGCGUCUUAUUAUGGACAACAGACGUUACAUUAUGUUGCUACCAAUGGAGAGAGUGCGAUAGUACAACUGCCAAAGAACGGACCCAUAUACGAUGUGUGCUGGAGCCCCAACUCUACCGAGUUUUGUGUUGUUUAUGGUUUUAUGCCUGCCAAGGCCACAAUCUUUAACCACAAGUGUGAGUCUGUGUUUGACUUCGGCACGGGUCCCCGUAACGCAGCUUUCUACAGCCCUCAUGGACACAUCCUGGUUCUCGCAGGCUUUGGAACCUUAAGGGGCCAGAUGGAAGUUUGGGACGUGAAGAAAUACAAGCAGGUGUCCAAACCCCAGGCUGAAGAUACAACACAUUUCUCCUGGUGCCCCGACGGCGAGCAUGUAAUGACGGCGACCUGCUCUCCCAGACUCAGGGUCAGCAACGGUUACAAGAUCUGGCACUACACCGGCACUGUGUUGUACAAGCACGAGAUGCCGUCCAAUAGAGAGCUUUGGGAAGUGUUAUGGCAACCCUUCCCUACCGGAACAUUCCCAGAGAAGCCAGUGAAAUAUCAAGCGUUGCCGAGUGAGCUGGGCAGUACCGAAGCCAAACCCGCCCAGGCGUAUCGGCCACCUGCUCUCCGUAACAAACCCCCGACCGCCAGCUCCAAACUGCAUGAAGUAGAGCCAGCGCAGAACAUGAAGCCUGGUGCUGCCGGAGAGAAGCAAGUGUCCAAAGAGGCUUUGAAAAAACAGAAAAGACGUGAAGCAAAGAAAGCUGCCAAACAGGAUGGCAAGUCUGAUGAAGCUCCGCCUCCAGUUACAGACCCCGCCCCUACUGUUCCUGCUACUGAGACAACUGGAGACCCUGAAACUGACAAAAAGAUCAGGAACUUGAAAAAGAAACUCAAAGCCAUUGAUGAACUGAAGGAACAGCAAGUGGCCGGAAAAGUGAUGCAGAAAAAUCAGCUUGAAAAGAUUCAAAAGGAGGCCCAGUUGCUGAAGGAGCUGGACGACCUUGAAUUAGGAGUGUAAACACAUCUUACCAGCUUUUCAAAUCUGUCAUCAAUUUUCAAGUCAUAUUAGAUAGGAGAUGCUUUUCAUAAACCACUCAUGACCACCAAAUAAGAGUCUGUCCUGCAUUUGUGUAUAUGCCUGAAAUAAUGAUGACAUUCUUUAAAGCAACAUUGCUAUGCAAUGUAAUGUACAGCACGAGAGAACACUGAUGACAAAAAUAAAGAUGUUGAAAAUCGA